AUUGUGAAAUCGUCACUCGUAGAAAUCAGUCGGAGUUCUACAAAUUCGUAAAAAGCAUACAAAUAAUAUUUAAAUUUGCGACGCAGCAUCAUCAAGUAAUUAGCAAAGAUGGCCCGUACCAAGCAGACCGCUCGUAAAUCGACUGGUGGCAAGGCUCCACGUAAGCAGCUGGCCACAAAGGCUGCUCGUAAGUCGGCACCGUCCACCGGUGGCGUGAAGAAGCCCCAUCGUUAUCGUCCCGGCACCGUGGCACUGCGUGAGAUCCGUCGCUACCAGAAGUCGACGGAGUUGCUCAUCCGCAAGUUGCCCUUUCAGCGUUUGGUGCGUGAAAUCGCCCAGGAUUUCAAGACAGAUUUGCGUUUCCAGUCCGCUGCCAUUGGCGCUCUACAGGAAGCUUCUGAGGCCUAUUUGGUAGGCCUGUUCGAGGACACCAACUUGUGCGCCAUUCACGCCAAGCGGGUGACCAUUAUGCCUAAAGACAUACAGUUGGCGCGUCGCAUUCGUGGCGAGCGUGCUUAAGGACCAACCAACAACAAACAGCAAAUAUUCAACAAACGCAGCAACAACAACAACAACAAUAGCAACAGCAAAUUACAAACAACAAACAAACAAACAUCAUUUUCAUCUAAAAUUGUACAUGAUUCUCCUCAGAGAAACACUUUGUUUAUGGGCGAAAAACAAAACAACAAACAUAUUUUCGUCAAUUGGGGCUUGAUUUCAUUUUACAUAAAUAUAAAUAUAAAUAUAUAUAUGUAAACUUAUAUUUGUAGAAUUGUAUUUGUUUUAACAAAACACAGAAAGAAAACAACAACAAAAACACAAACAGCAAACAUAAUCUAUGGAAUAAUAUAAUGAAUACCCUGUAA